GGCCAUUCCGAUACGACAAUGCACAGCAAACAUCCCGUAAACUUUGGUUUGCUCAGAAAGGACCAAACAAAGUAUUCACCAAAGCGGUGAGACAUGGCAAUAUGUAAACACCACAAGCACUCGCAUUCAACCAGAACGUCUACUCACCCUAUCCCCAAGGACGUUACGUUCUCGUAGGCUUAUAACUUAGCAUCGAAAUUUGGUCCCGCGCAAUCAAUGGAAGAUUCAUUUUUGUACGAAUCUGACCAAUUACUAUACCUGAGGCUUAACGAUGCUAGAACUAGCUCGCAUCUCACAAUUACAAGUCUUAUAGUCCGUAACUCAAUUCGCUUUUUCUCAUUAAGAGAUGAUUCUUUUGGCAUCGAAGACUCUUCGAAACCAACUGCCGGUGCGCAGGAGAUAUACGAAUGAGUCUUCACCAAGUCUUCUAGAAGUACUCCAUGCAAAAGCAACAGAUGGCUGAGUGCGGGGUUGGUGUGUUUCUUUCAUGGUUCAUCAACGAAUAAACGCCCGAGCCUGGAAGCAUCCAUAAUGAUAGUUAAGAACGCGGGGAAGAAGAUGUCAUCACACUAGAAUGAAACCUUUAUAUACUAGGUAUUUCUACGCGGAAGUUGACAUUUCCACCUCGAAGACGAAGCUUAUGCAGAGAAUUAGCUUUCAAGAUGUCUCAAACCCAAACAAUGAAGGCGGUUAUAUACCAAGAACCCUUCAAGGUGACUGUCGAAGAACGCCCACUGCCAACGAUCGAACAUCCGGACGAUGCACUGGUUAAGGUGACAACUGCCGCAAUCUGCGGAAGUGAUUUGCAUAUGUAUCAGGGAAGAACGGCUGCGGAAGGUGGAUUAUGUUUUGGACAUGAGAAUAUGGGCAUAGUGAUCGAGACCGGUUCUGGUGUUCAGCAUAUCAAGAAAGGGGAUCGUGUGGUGAUGCCGUUCAAUGUGGCAGAUGGCAGAUGUAGGAAUUGUGAAGAAGGCAAAACAGCUUUUUGUACAGGUGUUAACCCCGGAUUCGCAGGCGGGGCAUACGGCUAUGUUGCGAUGGGACCUUACCAAGGAGGUCAAGCACAAUAUAUCCGUGUACCAUAUGCCGAAUUCAACUGCCUUCCUCUUCCUGCUGGAAAAGAACAUGAAGCCGAUUUUAUCCUUCUUGCCGACAUAUUCCCAACGGGGUGGCAUGGCGUUGUACUCUCUGGCUUCCAACCAGGAGAAUCAAUUGCCAUUUUUGGAGCUGGACCUGUUGGAUUGAUGGCUGCAUAUAGCGCAAAGCUCAGAGGGGCAAGCAAAGUAUUUGUUGUGGAUAGCGUGAAGGAACGUCUACACGCUGCAGAGAAAAUUGGUUGUGUCGCUGUGGAUUUCACGAAAUGUGACGCCGUCGAGGAAAUUAUAAAACAGAAUGGCCAGAUGGUUGAUAGGAGCGUGGACGCUGUCGGGUACCAAGCUUCUGCACAGGAUGGCAAGAAAGAAGUACCAAGUAUUGUCUUGGAGAAUUGCAUCAAAGUGACGAGGCCAACCGGUGGUAUCGGCGUUCCCGGAUUGUAUGUUCCAAGCGACCCUGGAGCUCCAGACAGCAAUGCUAGUCAAGGAAUGUUAUUGGUAAGUUUUGGGAAGCUAUUCGAGAAGGGUCUUUCCAUUGGCACUGGGCAAUGCAAUGUCAAAGCUUACAAUCGUUAUCUGCGAGAUAUGAUUAUCUCAGGCGUCGCAAAGCCUUCAUUCGUUGUUUCGCAUGAAAUUGGUAUCGAUGAGGCACCAAAUGCAUAUACCAAAUUUGAUAGAAGGGAAGAUGGGUAUACUAAAGUUCUAAUCCAUCCCAAUGGCCCUCUCUGAGCAAGCUAAAAUUGGAACUGGCAUGGAUUGCGAUGGCCCACAUCUGCAAAACUGCCUCUGUAUAUAUUGUGGAAGUACACAUGCAGUGAUUUAUCUGCUUAAUAAUUGGUCUAAAGAAUUAGCGAUGGAAUCAUUGUGUAACCAAUGCAAAUCCCCCAACGUUAAAGAAGAUUCUGUUCGUGUUUGUAUCAGAUAGUCCUAGAUAUGCACAGCAGAAUUGAUUUUUAGAAAGAUGCGACGUUACUACCAUAUUAAGGGUGAAACCCAUUUAACAACACUACUGGCUUUUGUCAUUUUGAUUUUUUUUCUGGCAAGCUAUGGUAGAAUCCGGGAAUAUCGAAAUUCAAAGGAAGUUCA